GCGGGGAGGAGCCCGGAGCCGCAAAGCCCCGCCCCUUCCUGGAGAAAGCGCUUUUCCUUCUCUGCGCGGUGCAGGUGCGGCCGCUCGGACGGCCGCAAGGUGUCAUAAGUGAUGCAUGUGAUCCUCUCUCCAGGAGGCCAAGAGCAAGAAGUGAUCCUACCUACCACGCCAUAUAUGCUGCAGUACUUGGACACAUCAAGCCAGCAUGGAUGGGAAGAAAUGCAGCGUGUGGAUGUUUUUACCACUUGUGUUCACCCUGUUCACUUCAGCCGGGUUAUGGAUAGUAUACUUCAUAGCAGUGGAAGAUAACAAAAUUCUCCCACUAAACCUGCCAGAUAGGAAACCUGGUUCCAAAAGUCCACCUUACAUAAGUAUCGCAGGUGAUGCUCCUCCUGCAAGCUGUGUCUUUAGCCAAGUCAUGAAUAUGGCUGCAUUUCUAGCACUUGUCGUUGCAGUUCUCCGUUUCAUACAGCUGAAGCCAAAGGUGCUAAACCCUUGGCUGAAUGUUAGUGGGCUGGUCGUAUUAUGCUUGGCCUCAUUCGGAAUGACCUUACUUGGCAACUUUCAGCUUUCCAAUGAUGAAGAGAUACAUAAUGUUGGCACCUCCCUGACAUUUGGUUUUGGAACCCUGGCCUGCUGGAUUCAGUCUGCCUUGACGCUCAAAAUAAACUUAAAGAAUGAAGGACGAAAAGUUGGAAUCCCACGAGUCCUCUUAUCUGCUACUAUAACCCUAUGUGUGGUCCUCUAUUUCAUCCUGAUGGCCCAAGAGAUCCAUAUGCACGCUGCCAGGAUCCAGUGGGGUUUGGUGAUGUGCUUCCUCUGCUACUUCGGCACCUUUGCAGUGGAGUUCAGACACUACAGAUUCGAGAUUGUCUGCUCCGAGUAUCAGGAAAACUUCCUGAGCUUUUCUGAAAGCCUUUCAGAGGCGUCCGAGUAUCAAACGGAUCAGGUGUAGAGCCUGCCUUUGUCAUGGUAGCAGGCUAGGGUGGUCACAUGAUUUAACUCAUGACCUCAUUACACUUUUUUGAUGAGUUCAUUUUUCAUAUAUAAUCACAGUCACAUUGCCAAAGGGCUUUGAGGGUGGUUGCUAAGGGCAAAACAAAACACAAGUAUCUAUCUGAUCAAAUAUGAAAAAAUAACAUUUUUAUGAGAGAAAUUGCUAUGUUUGUGUGCUACAGACACCUCUUUCUCUGCAACCUGUGUCCUAGUCAUAAUACAAAUGCUGAACAGUCAGUUGUUGUAAUACUACAGUAUUAACCCCACUGUACAGCUGGGGAAGCUGAGGGAAAGGACUUCUCCAGGACCACAAAUAGAGUUAGGAUUUAGUACUCAGGAUCUGCUGACUCCUUUCCCCUGCUCUCAGACCUCUGGACUGUAUCUAACAUUUCAACUGCAUUUUUUUUUCCUUUACUUUGUUGGACAGGGGUAAUUGGAUUGCACAGUAAGGAAGAACUGCUGGCUCCUUAACUGGUUUUAUGCCGUGUGAACUUGGAACCAGUCAGCAGGAGAAGAAAAUGCAAACAUACUGAUCCUUACUAAGAACAGGCACUUCUGGUUUGGAAGAUAGUUAAAGGUGAGACCUUGUUUGAGGAAAACUAGACUACUGAGAAUGUAGCAGAACACUAGUCAGUUAUCAUAGUCAUCAGCUGAUGUUCUUGUUGGUGUGGGACAAGAAUGGCCCACAGGCACUAAAAAGAAAACACAAAAAGCAGCUGUGGGGCUUAAUCUCUGCUACUUCAAGUUUAUGCAUUGGUUUGAACAGCUGGGGCUCGAGUAAGCAAGCGGUGCUAAGUGAAAAUGUGAACAUUCAUUCUGCCUAGAGGGGACCUGCAAAGGAUUUCUAAAAUUUAUUUUUAGUGCUUCCAUAAGAUACUGUGUAUAGUAGUCAAAAAGCUGCUUUUGUUGCCAUGCCUAAGUGGCAAGAGAAACCUUGAAUAGCAACCCUGGCUCAUGGAUGGUCAGUGUUUAAUGUAGAGUAUAUAGGAUGUAGGCUUAUUUUGCUGCUUUAUGCACUUACAAGGGAAAUUCACUCCUUGGCAGUGUCUGGCACAAAGGACAAAGCUGAGCCCUACACUGCAUCUUAUUUAAGGCCUAGGCAUCCAGGUAUGCAAUUGAUUCCAUGCUACAAAACCUCACUGAAGUCUCUGUGAGGACUCCUGCAAGAUUAGGGCCUUUAGGACUUAGGCAGCGCACAGACCUUAAACUACAGUAUUCAUAGGAGCUUUCUCCUGUUCCUUUAAAAGAAGGAAACCACCUGCCAAUUGUCUCAGUUCUGGAGCAGGUUUUUUGUAGCCUAAAAAGGCUACAAAAGGCUGGUUGGAGAAAAUGGAGAAUUUUUUUCACCUGAAAAAGUUUGAUUAUAUAUAUUUUUUUUUUUUCAGUGACACACAAAAAUCUUAGGUCUGAAAACCAGAUAUUUAAGAGGAAACACUGAUGUGGUAGGUUUGAGUUGUUAUUCAGGUGACUAAGCCCUGUUUUGCUCCGUGGGCCAGACUCAAGCUGCAACUUUUAUCUCCCUGCUGAGCCCUCAUGGUGCCUCAUGUAGCCCACCCAGAAAAUGAGCGAGAGUGAAAAUAGGGGUGUAAGACGCAUGAAUUGCAAUUUGCAUGAGGCAUGUAGUGUUCCUCAGUCACAAGAUUAUCAGUUGUGUGAGUCUGGCCUUUUGAUUAAAAGUCAACAUUCCUUGCCAAAACAGAUUUUUGAUGGAAAAUUUCCCACUGGCCCUCUUACGCUGUUUUAUUUGGGCCAGUUUUGUCUUCCAUUGGUAUAAAUCUAGAGUAACUCCACUGAAUGGAGUAUUUACACCUGAUUACAGAAUCUGGCUAUUGGGCAUUAUCUUAAAAUAACUACUAAAAAGAAAAAAGGCAGGAAACUUUCUGAGAAGGGAGUGUCCUUGGGGACAGCAUGAAAGUUUAUUUGUAGUGGUUUUACCAAGCUAUGGUGGAAAACUUGCUGCUGGGUUAAAGCCAAUACAGGUAACUUUCCUUUUGUCAGUUAGGGGAAGGUGAGAUGGUAAGAACCAGACAUACAUGGGGAAUCACACACAC